UGGUCAUUUGUUUUGAAAAUAAAAAGAAGAAACUUUCCAUUGAAUUUCAAACUAGAAACAAAGCCGACGCUCUUCAACAUUGUCACUCUUAGUGAGCCCGCCCAAACAAGAUCCUGAACUCAAAAAUCUUCACUCCCUCGGUUCAAAUUCUCCUUGGAUCUCCACUUCAAAUUAGUUAAUUUUCCCCUCUUUUUGUGAUUUAAACAAGAAACCCAAAUCCAGAAACACUUGAAAUCUCUUUCAAUUUCAGCCGAUCUUAUCCCUGCAUCGAAUGGCCAACUCUGACGCCACCACCCCUUCUCUUCCUGUCAAUGCUCCUCUGGCACCGAAGGAAAACAUCACCCCGAUUGGUUCUAAGCUAGCGGAAUUAAAUGAAUCGAGGUCUGAGAUGCUUACUAGAAUCCAAAACUUGAAGCAGGAUUUGCAAAACUGGAGGUCCAAGUUAGACACUCAAGUUAAGGUCUACCAGGAGGAGCUGUCAGGACUCAAGUUAUCACUCAAUGCUGAAGUGGAGCAACUUCGAUCGGAAUUUCAAGAACUGAGGGGCACUCUCCACCAGCAACAAGAAGAUGUCACUGCAAGCCUGAGAGAUUUGGGGUUGCAAGAUGUCUCAGCAAGAGAAACAAAAGAAGCCCCCCUUGCUCCUACAGUCGAAGAGAAAAGUGAGGAAGCUCAUGCUCCAAGUGUAGAGGAAACUGAUAAGAAGGAUCAAAAUUAGGUAUGAAUCGAGUUUCUUUUACCGCAUGCACCUCUAGGAGGUUGGCAUCUCUCAUUUUAUUUCGUUUUACUUGGUACUUUCUGAUAUCUGUUAAUACCAGCAACCACUUUGUUGGCUGGCAUUGAACCUUAUAUAAGUUGUUUAAUCUCGGAUUGAUGAUUAUGUUUAUUAAUUUUUUUUCCCGCGUUAAGUAAGUUUAUGCUCUUAGUUUCACCGUA